AUGCCUAACUAUGUAGAGAAUGACUCGACAAUUGCGCUUUUCGCUGACGACUCUAAACUUUAUCACUGUAUCGACAGUUCCUUAUCACAUCUCAAUUUGCAAGCCGAUAUAGAUGGUAUACAUAAUUGGAGCAUUGACUUUGAAAUGGAAUUUAGUACCUCUAAAUGCAAAGUUCUUCAAAUGUCAAAGAAACGGAACCCUACUGAACACACAUACUACCUAUCUGGUAAUACUCUUGAACCCGCAAGCCAAGCAAAAGAUUUAGGUGUAACUGUUCAUACGGAUUUGUCAUGGAAAACGCACAUUGAACUAGUUUGCACAAAGGCCAACAAACUGCUGGGACUUGUAAAGCGUUUUUGUAGAGAUAUCUAUGAUACUGAGACAAGAAAGCUACUGUAUGGUUCAAUGGUUAGACCCCAUUUAGAAUACGCAAGUAACGUGUGGUCACCAUACAUGGCUGAGUACAUAAACCUGAUAGAGAAUUUUCAACGACGAGCAACAAAAUUCAUACUUAACUAUCCACCAUCAGAUAUUUCUUACACAGAGCGACUUGUAACACUUUAA